UAAUUGUGUUUUACACAAUUUUCUAGUUCAACCCUGCAUCUCCAAUCUCUGAAGAUGAUCCAUGGUACAACCCUUGUCCGUCUCCAGAGGACAAAGUCCAUGUUCUGGUUUGUGUGCUUUCUGCUAACGCUGCAGAGUUUACAGAAUCAGUUCUGCAGAAGAUGGCGGACAUCAGAGAGUUAGCCAGUGAUAUGGGGAUUCCCCAGAUGGCAAUAGGCACCAACAUUGAUUUAGCCUGUCCUGAAACUGAGAAGGAUCUGAAGAAUGUGUACAAGAGCAAGUACCUGAAGAAAAAGGUGAAUGACUUCAGCGCUGCGGUGGGAAUCCCAGUGAACUGCAUCUUCCCUGUGAAGAACUACAGCGAUGAAAUCGACAUGAAUGAUGACGUCGACUCGCUGGUCCUGAGUGCUCUGAGAAAAAUGAUUGACUUCGGAGACGACUUUAUUGACAAAUGAAUUUGGCAGCACUAUAUAUUAUAGCACGGUUAUAAGAUGUAAUAGUGAGGUAACAGUGUGAUAAUAAACAGGUAAUAACAUGUAUCUACAAAGU